UUACAACAAGAAGGAAGAGUCCAUCUCGGGACCCCUGUGGUGUGUUCUUUGUACCUUUCAGCAGAAAAGGCAUUUGGGCCAUGAAGGCCACCCCUGUCUUGCAUGCUGGCCCGCCUGUGAGCAGGGACAGAAUCAUCUCCCGUUUCCCAAAGUGGUACACCCCGGAGGCGGCACUCCAGUUGAAAGACCACUUUCUCGACCACGUCAAGGAUGCCUGCCAGCCGAGGAGCCUGGGGGCCGUGGGGCUCAAAAUGUCCAAGGUGGUUAUGGUGGGUGACCUCUGCGUUGGGAAAACCAGCCUCAUCAACAGGUUUUGCAAAGAUGCUUUUGAUCGAGAUUACAAGGCGACCAUUGGAGUGGAUUUUGAAAUUGAGCGUUUUGAGGUCGCUGGAGUCCCCUUCAGUCUCCAGAUAUGGGACACAGCCGGUCAAGAAAAGUUCAAGUGCAUCGCAUCGGCUUACUACCGAGGAGCAGAAGUCAUCAUCACGGUCUUCAACUUGGCUGAUAUCCGGACGUUGGAACACACCGUGCAGUGGCUGGAAGACGCCUUGCGGGAGAACAGCCUGGGGCCCAGGGUCAUCUUUCUAGUGGGAACCAAGAAAGAUCUCGUGUCGGAUGCGGAGUGUGAGCGAACAGAAGCCGACGCCGUCCAUAUGGCCAACAGGAUGCAGGCCGAGUACUGGUCCGUUUCAGCAAAAACAGGUGAAAACGUCAAGGAUUUCUUUUUCCGUGUGGCUGCUUUGGCCUUUGAAAAGUCAGUCCUGAUGGAGCUGCAGAAGAGCAGCUGCCACACCGCUCAGAUCGGGACCGGAAACCUCAUCAAGAUGGAAGGAACUUCCUCUGAGGCUUCGAAAUGUCAAGCCAGCCGGGGUUGCUGCUAGUGGCCAGCGGCGGUGUGCCCCUUGGGCCAGGACCUCAGGGUGAGAAGUGCGGAAAGCAACACGUGAGGGACUUGGGAGCAACGGAAUCUGGCCACCAGGACAAGGGUGGCCAAGGAGAGAGAAGCCUGC